ACUGAGGGUUCCCAUUCCUACACAAAAAUCAGUCGUAAGGAUCAACCAUGACGAAGGUAUAUGUUUCUUAUCUUGGGCGGGAUGCAACUAAUUCUGAUUUCUUCAGGGAGAACGAAAACAGAGGCCGGAGCUAAAAUCGCUCCUCGCAUUCUCAAGGACGGUAGACGAAAGUGACGGUUACUUCGCGACCGGGGGAGUUGCAUGUGUGCUAUUCAAAGUCCCAAACCGCACCACAAAAGUACGUUGUGCUACACGCUAUGUAAUUUCUCAACUGAUUCAACGCUAUUUGACACUCACCAGGAUCUCGAUAUCAUCUCGUGGACUACUUCUUCCAUGGCGGACAUAAAAGAAAAGCUUCGGCAAGAGGGCUCGUUCCAAAUACUUCCUAGGCAGGAGAACCGCGGUUUCAGGGCGAAUUUCGAGGAGAGUCAGGAGACCCACAUAGAUGCGCGACUCGUCGAAUUUCCGUUCGAUCCCACACCACAUAUUACAAUCUCAAAGUUCGUCGGCGGGAAUGUCCAUAUUUCUGUGAUGGGAGCGAACAGUAAUUUGCUACUACUCUUGAAGGUAAUCGGUUUCAUUGCCAGGGGGAAGAGCAAGGAGGCACGGAGGAAGGCUAGAGCUGACCUCAAAGACAUCGGUCACCUUGCGAGUGACAUCGUUGUCACUCAUCACGGAAACACUGAUUCCUUGAUCAACGAAACGAUGGUAACGCCGGAGAUGUGGGGAGUAUUUCUGGCGCGCUACGUAGAGAAUCAGCUGCCAUGGCGAGGCUGCAAGCGGGUAAACAGAAAUACGACGACAUACUCAUUUUCACUCGUUGAAAAGCAGCACAGUCAUUCUUUAUACGUGUAAAAGCAAUAAUCUCGCGUUACAGAGGGACAGGAUAAGAAAUGAAAGAGAUGCG